CCCAGAGUAGAAGCCACUGUAACCAUGAAGGCAGCCCUCGUCCUGCUGAUCGCUGGUAUGUUUCUUGUGGCGUACUGCACGCCGCUCGCUGCUGCAGACGAUGUGGAGGAAGUGGUGGAUGAAUCAGCCGAAAACAGAGACGCUGAUGACGACGACGCCGACAGCUCAGCAGAAGACGACGUCGACGGUAGCGAUGGUGGGGACGCUGGGAGUGUGGAGAACAGGCUGGUAGGCAAAGGUGCUCACGCCCGGGCUGGCCAUGCCAAGCAUGCGCGGGCAGGCAGCCGACACGCAGCAGGCAGAGCUGCAGUCAGGCCCCACGCCAGGUCAGGCGCUGCCCGCAGAGCCGCCCACAGCAAGUAGUCGCCGCUGCUGAGGAGACGCUACACUGUGGAGGCGCAGUCUGGUGCUGCUCACAUUGUCCUGUACCCUGCGCUCAUGUGUAUAAAAUAAAGUAGCAGUGC